AUGGACACCGCUGGUGAUCCCUCACCGGUGCCCACGACCUUGGACCCUGGGAAUGCCUCCGCAGCCUGGCCGCUGGACACCACCCUUGGAAACACAUCUGUGGCCCCAAGCCCAGCAGCGCUGGCCAUCAGCGGCAUCCUGAUCCCGCUGGUCUACCUGGUGGUGUGUGUGGUGGGCCUGCUGGGCAACUCGCUAGUCAUCUAUGUGGUCCUGCGGCACACAGCCAGCCCGUCGGUCACCAGCGUGUACAUCCUCAACCUGGCGCUGGCAGACGAGCUCUUCAUGUUGGGGCUGCCCUUCCUGGCCGCCCAGAACGCUCUGUCCUACUGGCCCUUCGGCUCCCUCAUGUGUCGCCUGGUGAUGGCCGUGGAUGGCAUCAACCAGUUCACCAGCAUCUUCUGUCUCACGGUCAUGAGCGUGGACCGUUACCUGGCCGUGGUGCACCCCACGCGCUCAGCCCGCUGGCGCACGGCCCCGGUGGCCCGCAUGGUCAGCGCAGCCGUCUGGGUGGCCUCGGCUGUGGUGGUGCUGCCUGUGGUGGUCUUCUCGGGAGUGCCCCGGGGCAUGAGCACCUGCCACAUGCAGUGGCCUGAGCCGGCCGCCGCCUGGAGAGCUGCCUUCAUCAUCUACACUGCCGCACUGGGCUUCUUUGGGCCUCUGCUGGUCAUCUGCCUGUGCUACCUGCUCAUCGUGGUGAAGGUGCGCUCGGCCGGGAGGCGGGUGCGGGCUCCCUCGUGCCCGUGGGUGCAGGUGCCCGCGGGCCAGCGGCGGCGGCGCUCAGAGCGCAGGGUCACGCGCAUGGUGGUCGCCGUGGUGGCACUCUUCGUCCUCUGCUGGAUGCCCUUCUACGUGCUCAACAUCGUCAACGUGCUGUGCCCGCUGCCCGAGGAGCCCGCGUUCUUCGGCCUCUACUUCCUGGUGGUGGCGCUGCCCUAUGCCAACAGCUGUGCCAACCCCAUCCUCUACGGCUUCCUCUCCUACCGCUUCAAGCAGGGCUUCCGCAGGGUCCUGCUGCGGCCAUCCCGACGCGUGCGCAGCCAGGAGCCUCCCUCGGGGCCCCCUGAGAAGACAGAGGAAGAGGACGAGGAUGAGGACCCAGAGGAGGGCACCGAGGAGCAGGAGAGGAAGGAGAGGAAGUGGAAGGAGCUGAACGGCGGCGGCGGCGGGCUCAGCGAGAUGGCACAGCCUGGCACCAGCAGGCGGGAGCAAUUGUCCAGUGCCGGGGCAGCCAAGGAGCAGCAGCCCCUCCCCCAGGAGCCCUCUGCUCGGGAGAAGUCUGGCCCCCUUUACGUCAGCUGCCGAUAG